AUGACAAGACAGCCUUUCAAACCAAGCCAAACUACUACUGAAAAUGUUCUAGAAUUGGUACAUAGUGAUGUGGGCUUCAAGAAAAGUGAUGAGUGUGACCCCUUUGUGGAGUUUAAAGGGUGUACAGACUGUGAAACAGAGAGAAGACUGCAAAGUUUGCAAUCAGACAAUGGGAUUGAGUACAUUAACAGCAAAGUUGAACAGUUGUUUAAGGAAGAGGGCAUAUUGCACUGGAAAAGCACAGUUUACUCUCCCCCAUCCAACAGAAAAGCCAAGCACCUGAAUCAAACACUUAUAUCCAUUGCUACCAUAAAUAAAGAACUAUGUCUUCUAGAUGAUGUAAUCACAAAGCAGAUGGAAACAGCUGGUCCACACAGGAAUGAGGUGACAGCAGAUGACACCAAUAUGGUGUGGUUGAGCUUUCCCGACCUAUUAAGGAACAGGUGGCGACAGCACACCAGUGAGGAGUGCAGAACCGUGAAUCCAUCUGAUCCAACAUCAGUAGGAGAAGCUUUAGCCUCAGUUCACAAGGACAAAUGGUGUACAGCCAUAGCGUCAGAGAUGAGUAGCCUAAAAUGCUACAAUAUAUGGAAACUUGUUGACAGAUCAAAAGCUGAUUGUGUUGUAGGAAGUAAUGAGGUGUUUACCACAAAGAGAAGUGGAGAAGGUGAGAUGGUUCAAUUUAAAGCAAGGUUAGUAGUUCUGGGAUACAGCCAGAUAUUUGGAGUAGACUGGGAAAGCUAUAGCCCAGUAAUUAGAUGA